GGACCACCCUUCAAAGUAAAAACCUUUAAAAUGGAACAACUAGAAGAAACAUCCAAAAGAAUUCUGUUGGAGCCAUAUAAUUACCUACUUCAACUACCAGGUAAACAAGUCAGAACCAAACUCUCUCAAGCGUUUAAUCACUGGUUGAAUGUUCCUGAAGAUAAACUUCAGGUUAUCAUUGAAGUGACGGAAAUGUUGCACAAUGCCAGCUUACUUAUAGAUGACAUAGAAGAUAAUUCAAAGCUGCGACGAGGUUUUCCAGUGGCUCACAGUAUCUAUGGAAUACCAUCUGUAAUAAAUUGUGCGAACUUUGUGUAUUUCCUUGGCUUGGAGAAGGUUUUAACACUUGAUCAUGUAGAUGCUGUAACAGUAUUUACUCGCCAGCUGUUGGAACUCCAUAAAGGCCAAGGCCUGGAUAUUUACUGGAGAGAUACUUACACCUGUCCAACAGAAGCAGAAUAUAAAGCCAUGGUUCUGCAGAAGACGGGCGGCCUUUUUGGACUAGCUGUGGGACUCAUGCAGUUGUUCUCUGACUACAAAAAAGAUUUAAAACCACUUCUUAACACUCUUGGGCUCUUCUUUCAAAUUAGGGAUGACUACGCAAACCUGCACUCCAAAGAAUAUAGUGAGAAUAAAAGCUUUUGUGAAGACUUAACAGAAGGGAAAUUCUCAUUCCCAACUAUCCAUGCCAUAUGGUCCAGGCCAGAAAGCACUCAGGUUCAGAAUAUUCUGCGACAGAGGACUGAAAACGUAGAUGUAAAAAAAUACUGUGUACAUUAUCUCGAGAACGUGGGUUCCUUUGAAUAUACACGGAAAACCUUGAAAGAACUUGAGUCUGAAGCUUAUAGACAGAUUGAAUCUCUUGGGGGAAACCCUGAGCUUGUAGCGUUAGUUGAACAUUUAAGCAAAAUGUUCAAGGAGAAUGAAAACUGACACCAGUUGUCAAGCAUGUUGCUG